CCUCAAGCAAAAUCGGCAGAAAUGCGGACUUAAAAGUAUGCAUAAAAGGCUCAAACUAUUUGUAAGACAAUCCUCAUACACUUGACGAAUUGUAAAACACCCAUAAACCCUCUAGGAUUUAGCGGGAACACGCCUCUAUAGUGGACAUCGGAGAAUGAACCAUCGUUUCUUCCUGCAUGUUGUAACAGGAUGACGUACAAUUUUCGCGACGUAAUGUUAGACUGAUUCAUUUUUAAGUAAAAGUUCGUUAUAGUUGUAUUCGCUCGGCAAAGGCAAUGAAGUGACGAACUAUUAAACAACAAAUACAACAGGUUAUCGUCAUUACGGAGUUAUUUCAGCAUGAAGCUCUUACAUAAAGAUAUAGAGAAAGAUAAUGGAGGACAGGUGACACUGAUUCCCGAGGAGGCAGAGGACAUGUGGCACACCUACAACCUGCUCCAGGUGGGAGACAGUCUAAGGGCCUCAACCUUCAGGAAGGUGCAGACAGAGUCGUCCACGGGCAGCGUGGGCAGCAGCCGAGUACGCACCACCCUUACCCUGUGUGUGGAGACUAUUGACUUUGACUCCCAGGCUUGCCAGCUGAGAGUGAAAGGGACCAACAUUCAGGAGAACCAGUAUGUUAAGAUGGGGGCAUAUCAUACCAUAGAACUGGAACUGAACAGAAAAUUCACUCUGGCCAAGAAAGUUUGGGACAGUGUCGUGUUGGACAGAAUAGAGCAGGCCUGUGACCCAGCUCAGAAGGCAGACGUGGCAGCCGUGGUGAUGCAGGAGGGCCUGGCCAAUCUGGUGCUGGUCACUCCUGCCAUGACCCUGCUGAGAGCGAAGGUGGAGGUCACCAUCCCACGCAAGAGGAAGGGCAGCUGUGCCCAACAUGACAAGGCCUUAGAGAGAUUCUAUGAAGCAGUGAUGCAAGGAAUACUUAGACACAUCAACUUUGAUGUGGUGAAAUGUGUCCUGGUGGCCAGUCCCGGUUUUGUGAAAGAUCAGUUCAUUAGCUACUUAUUCCGAGAGGCAGUGCGGCAGGACUGCAAGGUGCUGCUGGAGAACAGGCCCAAAUUCAUGCUGGUCCACUCCUCCUCUGGGCAUAAAUACUCUCUGAAAGAAAUCUUGACUGACCCAGCUGUCACAAGUAGACUUUCUGACACCAAGGCAGCAGGGGAGGUUAAAGCUCUGGAGGAUUUUCACAAGAUGCUGCAGCAUGAGCCAGACAGAGCUGUUUACGGACUGGCACACGUGGAGAAGGCCAAUGAGGCGAUGGCUAUUGACAUCCUGUUAAUCAGCGAUGAGCUUUUCAGGCACCAGGAUGUGGCAACCCGAGGUCGAUACGUGAAGCUUGUGGACAGCGUGAGAGACAAUGCGGGGACAGUUAGAAUAUUUUCAAGUCUUCAUGUAUCUGGAGAGCAACUGAACCAGCUGAGUGGAGUUGCAGGCAUUUUGCGAUUCCCCAUCGCCGACCUGUCUGAGCCGGAAGAUGAUAGCAGCUCUGAUGAAGAAUAGGAGACUGGCGGGGUGGGAGGAGCAUAGCCAGCAUCACAUCCGUAACACACAGAAUGCAUGGAUCGAAAGGGAAUGCACACAAACAGGCACAGAGAGGAACAAAGCAGCAAUGGAUGAAAACACUGAGUAAUAAACCAAUACAGAUGGACACACUAAGGGAAAGACACAGGGCACACAAUUGACACUGUGGGAAAGGCCACAUGCUUGGUCAGGAGGUCCAUACAGGUGUGGGCCAUACACGUGUGCUGGUGGGAAGACCUCCACGAUAUGAGAGAGGGGUGGGAAUCCAGUUCACCAGAGAAGUGAAUAGUGGAGGUUUGUCAGUUGUCUUUGCAACUUUAAGGGAUUACUUUACCCAGCUUGCUCUUCAAGUCAGUGCAACUUGAGACAGUCUUCCUGGUUGUAUAUGUUUCUUUGUGCCAUGUUUGCACGCAGAUUCGGAAUAGUGAUGGUUUGAAAAGGAGGAUAUUUAAUUCUAAUAAAUGUAUACUGAUGGGG